AUGUCUGUAAGUUAUGAUUUCACCGGAAAGGUAGCUCUGAUAACUGGUUCGAGUUCGGGUAUCGGUGCCGACAUUGCUGAACUGUUUGCCAAAUCGGGUGCCAAUGUUGUAGUAACCGGUCGUAAUGCCGAUCGUGUGGCCAAAGUGGCCAAACAAUGUACAGAUGUAUCACCGAAACAGUUGAAAGCAUUGCAAGUCGUCGGCGAUGUUAACAAUGAACAGGAUCUCAAUCGUCUGAUUGAGACAACUGUCCAAACGUUUGGCAAAUUGGAUAUAUUGGUCAACAAUGUCGGGUUCGCUCAUAUGGCAGAUGUCGAUACAGAGGAUUACUUUCAAAUAUUUCAAAAUGUUUUGUAUACUAACUUGAAUUCAGUGGUAUAUCUGACCCAUAAAUGUGUUGAACAUUUGGCCAAAACUAAUGGCAAUAUUAUUAAUAUAUCGAGUAUUGCGUCAAAAAUAUCAAGUAGGGGUUCGUCACCCUAUCAUAUAUCUAAGGCAGCACUGGAUAUGUUUACCAAAUGUAUGGCCGCAGAGUUGGGACCCAAACGUAUUAGAGUUAAUUCAGUCAAUCCCGGAGCUGUUGUUACAAAUUUUGUUAUAAAUAUGGGUCUACCGACAGAAAUGGUCGAAAAAUUUAACGAAACAAUCGGUACGAAAUAUCCGGUCGGUAGAGUUGGCCAGUCGCCGGACAUUGCCAACACUGUUGCCUAUUUGGCCAGCGAUACGGCAGCCGGGUUUCUGACCGGUAGUAUUGUUGUGGCCGACGGCGGACAUCUGGCCGCCAAUGUUUCGAUUGACGGCGAAAAACAGAAACUGAAUAAAAAUUAA